UACAUACAGUGAACGCAUCCAUCUAGGCUUACGGGACACUGUCAUCUGCAGGUGAUCUGCCUUGACACAAUGUACUCUUUGCACCACUAAUGUUCUGUUUACAAUACAUGUUGAACUAUCUUUUAUUAUGUAGCUAAAUCCAGGAUACGGUCAUUAUGUAACAGAUGCAAUGUCAACUAUGUUUAUUUUGCUCAGCUUGCUAUUUUUUAAUGCAUAAUCAAGCCUUACGAAUUCUUACGUUUUAAAGAAAAUUGUAAUGGGAAAGUCUUGCUGUAGACAGCUAACACGAAAGUAAUUGUAUGUGUAUCCGUUUGGAUAAAGAGAGAAGAGAGCCCACCGACUGUAUCUUCAUGUAGGAGGCGCUGUCGACAUUAAGAAUACACAAUAUCGAAUAAAGUCGUUCUCCUGGAUAUUAGAACUAACAACCAGCUGCUGGCAUAAAAAUAAUGAUUGCAUUGAAGUGCUAUCUCUCUCUUCCAUUGGUGGCAGGGGCAUUAUUAGUGGGCCUCCCUUACAGUAUCUCUCUGGUUGCCCAGUGGCUCUAUGGCUGGCCCAGUAAACCAGGGUACCAAAAAUAUUUAGAGGCUGUCAAACCAAGACGCAUAUACUGCCUGACAAGAGCUGUGCUUGAAAUGCUGAAGUAUCUGCAGUAUGGCAAACUGUAUUUUCAGUGGAAACUGUGGUACAGUAAUGACAAAAAUAACAAGCACUAUGUGAAAGGCAUCACCUUUGGCCGCCGAGGGAAUAAGCUAGAUUUAUAUUAUUCACCAAGCACGGGUCGUUCUGAUGCUGCUCCUGUACCGGUGGUUGUAUUUGUGUAUGGAGGAGCCUGGGGCUCAGGAGACCGCUCUAUUUACUGCCUGUUAGCCUUACAAAUGGCAAAAGAGCUUAAUGCCUCUGUCAUUUGUCCAGAUUAUUCCAUAUAUCCAAAGGGAAAUGUGUUAAAUAUGAUUCAAGACAUCAGUGACAGUUUGCUGUGGGUGAGAGAAAAGGGACACGCGUUCAAUCUUGAUCAAGACAACAUAAUAUUGAUAGGUCAUUCAGCAGGGGCUCAUCUGUGUGCCAUUACCACACUGUUUCUGGUGAACAAUGUAGAAGAAUUGUUCAUUGAGACCAACAAACAGAGAGGUCUUGUAGCGGCCAUCAAAGGAAUCAUAGGUCUGAGUGGCGUUUACAGUAUAAUGGACCAUUAUAAGCAUGAGAAAAUGCGGGCUGUUGAAUAUGUGUCAACAAUGCACAAAGCUAUGGAUGGUGUGGAGAACUUUGAUUAUUAUUCACCAACAUCAUUACUCAAGAAACUGAACAAGGAUCAGUUGAAACGAGUUCCUCCAGUGGCUUUGCUCCAUGGAACCAAUGACAUCAUAGUUCCGGUGGAAUCAUCAGUGAUGUUCUCCGAGCUCCUCACUUCUCUUUCUGUCAGUAUGUCUCUUUAUCUAAUACCUAAAAUGAACCACACCGAGAUGGUCACUGACCUUAUGGCUCCGGACAGGCACUUUUACCAUACUGUUUAUGGCUGUAUUAAACAGGAGUACAGUAAAUUUCAGGGUUAGGUUGAUUAAUAUUUUUCAUGAAGUCAUGAAAUUACUAAUAUCAUUUUCCAAUGUGCCAAACAGUCAUUAUCCUUAAGUCAUUGUAUGUUCUUUAUAGUUUUAUUGUAAGUUUACAUUCAAGUUCUAAUGAUAUGUUUUUUUCUUAAAUGUUUGUUUCCAUCAAAAUGUGUUCAAUAAGAUGAAAACGUUAGUUCUGUGCUUGUUAACUGAAAUAAAAAAAAAAACAUUCUGUUUAAAAACUACCUUUUAAAGUGUAAUUAAAUGCAAUGAAAGGAGAUUGUUCCAGUUAAGGCAGGAAGAAUUAAUGAAUAAAAGAAUUUACAAUU